AUGAGCGACCACAAAACAAUUGAAUUUGAACUUAACAAUGGAACAAAAAUUCCAGCGAUUGCAUUAGGGACUUGGCUCGCAGAGAAAGACCUUGUUGGGAAUGCUGUUUUGACCGCAUUGAACCACGGCUAUCGCCACAUCGACUGUGCUAAAUGUUAUGAGAAUGAGGAAGAAAUCGGGACCAUCGCUUUUGACCCAUUCUUUAAAGAAGGCAAAGUUAAAAGAAGUGAGGUCUUUGUAACAUCAAAGCUCUGGAUUGAAGAGAAGAGAAAGGAACAAGUGAUUCCCGCUUGCAAAGAAUCACUUAGAAAACUUCGUUUGGACUAUUUAGACUUGUACCUCAUUCAUUGGCCUGUCUCAUUAAGAGUGGGAGCAACAUGGCCAUUAAAGAGAGAAGAUAUUAUUGAAGUUCCAAUAGAAGAGACUUGGGGAGAAAUGGAGAAACUCGUUGAGAUGGGAUUAGUUAAGACAAUUGGGGUGUCGAACUUCACUAUCCCACAAUUAGAGAAAUUACUGAGUAUCGCUAAGAUUAAGCCGGCCGUCAAUCAAGUCGAAUUUGGAGUCUUCUUACAACAACCAAAGCUAAUGGAAUACUGCAAAGAACAUAACAUUCAUGUCACUUCUUAUUCUCCACUUGGAAAUAAUGGAAAUGCUGACAGAAAUCAAGUCGAAAACAUUUUUGAUAAUUCCGUGUUAAAAGAAAUCGCUCAGAAACAUAAGAAAACAGUCGCACAAGUCGUUUUAAGAUUCAUCGUGCAAUGCGGACAUUCCGCUCUCCCCAAAUCAGUUCAUGCUGAAAGAAUCAUUCAAAAUAUUAACAUCUUCGACUUCAUUUUGUCCGAUGAGGAAAUGGAAAAAAUUAAAAAGCUCGAUAGAUAUGAAAGAACUACUCCCGGCUCAUCUUUCUAUACCGCUUUAGGUAUCGACAAAGAUACUUUCUGGGGAGUUAAUUAA